UUGGCCCAGUCACUCUGCAGCUUGACACCGUGGUGGCUAACGUUAGCUACAGGUUAUCUAUGGAGGAAAAUACAGUUAGCGAUGCGUUUCAGGUUGUUUUAGCCCCUGACAGACUGAAAUAAGAUGGACACUGUAACAACAGACUCGUCUGCGACUGAGGAGGAUGAAUGUUCAGACUCUGAGGUUUUUUGUUUGAGGAGAGUCGGAAGAAAUGCAGACUGGCUUCGCUUGUUCGCAAACACUGAGAUAACCAUAGGACGGGGUCUGGAUGUAACAUACCAACUGUUGUCUCCAAGUUGUCCUUUGAUGAUCUCCAGACUGCACUGCACAUUCAGGCAAAGGGAGGAUGGACAGUGGAUAGUGACAGACAAGGAGAGCCUCAACGGUGUAUGGGUGAAUGGAAACCGCCUAUCCGCUCACGAACCACACCAGUUGAGGCUCGGAGACUCCAUACAACUUGGAGUUCCUAUAACUGGAACCUAUGUGGAGUUUGACUACAUCCUGGUCCAGCGGCCCCUGAAAGACAUUAAACUUUACCUGACAAAGGGACACAGAGAUGGCACCAAAUCAACCCAGGUUUCCAAGAAGUCCAAGAGGAAGUUGAACGUGGAAGAGGUUGAGGCCUCUACCUCAAAGCCCAAGCUCUAUCGCUGCUCCUCUGGUGACAAGUCGUUCGCAAAGCCCUGCCCUGUGUCAGCAGUGAAACGGCAGCAGAGGCUCAGUCGCACCCAGCCGGAAGAAACGGGACCCAGCAGACAAGUCCAGAAAGUAGACGGUGCCGUAGAUGGCUCCAGCACUCUCUGUGACCUGGACAAUUUGCAAAUGUACAGCCAGAACAUCCUGAUACUGAGGGAGCAGGUGGACGACACCCAGAGGCAGGUGGCGUCUCUUGGGGGAGAGCCGCAGCAGGCCGACCCACUCAAAGAGGAGCAGGUCAGAGAGCUGCAGGGCCAGCUGGAGACCCUCAGAGCCAAGAUGCACCGGAUGGAGACAUUAGAAAAGUCAUUCAGUGAAACGAAGAGGAAGCUAGAGGCAGAGAAAACACAGCAACAAGAGGAGCUAUUAAAGAAACAGCUGGAUGAGGCCUUGCAGGAGCAAAAGAAAGUAAUAGACGAACUUGCGCUUUCUCGGGAGGGCUUCGAAGAGAUUCUCCUGGCCAAAAACAAAGAGCUAGAAGUGUCAAAGGAGGAGAAAGAAAAGGCGAGGGCCCAAAAAGAGGAAGUAGUUACACAAGUAACUGAAGUUCUGGAGAACGAGCUUCAGUGCAUCAUCUGCUCCGAGCUCUUCAUUGAGGCAGUCAUCCUGAACUGCGCUCACAGCUUCUGCAGUCACUGCAUCAAGCAGUGGCGCAAAAAGAAGGACGAGUGUCCCUUCUGCCGGCGGGCCAUCCAGUCCCAGACCCGCUGCCUGGCCCUGGACAACUGCAUCGACAGCAUGGUGGAGAACCUGAGCCUGGACAUGAAGUCGAGGCGACAGACCCUCAUCGCUGAGAGGAAAGCAGCUGACUCGGGUGCUCAGGUGAUGGUGAUCCACGAUGACGACAGCAGCAGGAGCAGCAACAGCGACAGCAGCGACAGCAGCAUGGUGUCCAUCGGCAGCAGCCUGAGCUCCGUGGUCUCUGUGGACACGUAUAGCAGCGUCCACAUAGACUCCAGCACGCCCUACAGCGACUCUGACGGAAGCCUUGAUGUGUUGGACGAUUAGCCCUUCUGUCCCGGGGCCUGCAAUGUGAAUUGGACUUUUUUGGUGUUGAUGUUUGCAUUUCCCUGGAUUGUCCCCAGAUAGUACAUUACGUUUUGGUCUGUUGGUGAGUCCACUUACCUGAUUCAGAUGAGGUUUACGUUUGUCUUUUUGUAAAAUGAUCUGUUGUCUCUUUUUCUUUGUUUUUGAAAAAAAAAGGAAUAAAAAUGUUUCUUCUUAUGCA